AUGUAUGUGCGGAAAUCAUCCUCUUCCUUGGUCUCUCUCUGCCGGCUUCCUGCAAAUGUGCAACCUUUGCGCGCCGUAACCCUUGGUCUCUUCGAAUUUCCCGAUUUUGCUUUCGGAUUCAUCAGAAGCCAUUCCUCUGUUGGUCUCCGUCUAAACAGUGGAAUCCAGAAGUCUUUUCGCGCUCUUGUUCCAGAUUCAUGUUUUAUGCAUCUUAUUGAUAAUGCGAUCAAUAGAAGCCACUUCAAUCAGGUAAAUGCUCGAGUACUGGUCUCCGGGUUACGGUGUCAUGGGUUCUUGGUCACCAAACUCGUUAAUGGUUAUGCACGUGUUGGCGAAAUGAGGUAUGCACGUGACCUGUUCGAUGAUUUUCCUGACCCAGAUGUGUUUCUGUGGAAUGCGAUUAUUAGGUGUCAUUCCAGACAUAAUUUAUUCCGCGAUGCCCUCGGACUGUAUUCUAAGAUGCAGUUGCUGUGGGUCAGUCCUGACAGCUUUACCUUCACCUGCGUUCUUAAGGCUUGCAGUGCUCUGCCAUCGCUUGAAAUGGGUCGGCGGGUACAGUGCCAGAUACUUAGGCGUGGGUUUGAUUCUGACGUCUUUGUGCAGAAUGGUCUUGUCACGUUUUAUGCGAAAUGCGGGGAGAUUGAGUUGGCUAACAAGGUAUUUUGGAGGUUAUCUGAAAGGACAAUCGUGACUUGGACUUCGAUGAUUUCUGGGUAUGUGCAGAAUGGGCAGCCCCUCGAAGCUCUGAGAGUUUAUGGUCAAAUGAGGAAAACGAACAUGAAACCCGAGUGGAUAACUUUUGUCAGUGUUCUCAAGGCGUGUACUGACCUUGAGGGAUUGGAAGGAGGGGAAUCUAUUCAUGGUUGCGCUAUUAAAAUGGGAUUUGAGUUAGAACCUGAUUUGGUUGUUGCAUUCACUGCCUUCUAUGCAAAAUGCGGGCUGGUAACUGUUGCCAGAUUAUUCUUUGAUCUGGUUGAGACACCAAACUUGGUUUUGUGGAAUGCUAUGAUCUCUGGUUAUUCAAAGAAUGGUCUUGCACAAGAAGCUAUUGAACUAUUCCGUAGAAUGGUCAAGAAGAAUGUUAUUCUUGAUUCCAUUUCUGUAACCUCUACUAUCUCUGCUUGUGGUCAGGUGGGUUCCAUUGAUUUAGCUAAAUGGAUGGAUGAAUAUAUAGCAAGCAGCGAGUUUAAAGAUGCCGUUGUUGUGAACACAGCACUUAUUGAUAUGUAUGCAAAAUGUGGAAGUAUCAAUUUGUCUCGUGAUGUUUUCAAUAGAACAAAAGACAAAGAUGUUGUCAUGUGGAGUGCGAUGAUUGCUGCAUAUGCAGUACAUGGUGAAGGUCAAGAAGCCAUUGAUCUUUUUAAGGCAAUGAGAAAAGCUGGGGUGCCCCCAAAUGAUGUCACCUUUGUCAGUCUCCUUUCAGCAUGCAAGCAUUCAGGUCUUGUAGAAGACGGAUGGAAACUUUUCCACUGCAUGAGCGAAUAUAGUAUUCAACCACGCCACCAGCAUUAUGCCUGUGUGGUUGAUCUUCUGGGUCGUGCAGGCUAUCUAGAUCGUGCUUAUGAGUUUAUUAGGAAUAUGCCCAUGGAGCCAGGUUUGAGCAUCUGGGGAGCUCUUUUGACUGCAUGCAAGAUCCAUCAACAUGUACCCCUUGGAGAGCUUGCUGCUGAACGCCUUUUUUCAUUAGACCCAUAUAGUACAGGACAUCAUGUUCAGUUGUCAAACAUCUAUGCUUCAGCUCGUAUGUGGGAUCGUGUGUCAAAGCUGCGGGUCUUGAUGAAGGAGAAAGGUCUAAGUAAAGACCUUGGAUAUAGUUCAAUAGAGAUCAAUGGAAAGCUUCAGGUAUUUCAAGUUGGAGAUAAGUCUCAUCCAAGGUUCAAGGAAAUAUUUGAGGAACUUGAGAGUUUAGAGAGGAGAUUGAAGGAAGCUGGCUUUUCCAUCGAUGCAGAAUCUGUUCUUCAUGAUUUGGAUCACGAAGAAACUGAAGAAACUCUCUGUAAUCACAGUGAAAGAAUAGCAAUUGCGUAUGGACUAAUUAGUACUCCUCCGGGGACGACCCUUAGGAUAAUAAAGAAUCUUCGUGCAUGUGUUAACUGUCAUGCAGCAAUCAAGCUUAUAUCAAAGGUUGAGAACCGAGAGAUAGUUGUAAGAGAUGCAAAUCGUUUUCAUCAUUUCAAGGAUGGAAAUUGUUCUUGUGGUGAUUAUUGGUGA